AUGGAGAUGCGUUUAUCGGCGGACACAUCAAGCGGUUCGUUCGACAAGACGAAAGCUGAACGUUUUGCUGCCAUGACGUCUCCGGUCGUUAAACAAGAGGACUUCCCAGCUCCAUCGAAAUAUGAAGAAAUCUAUGAAGGUCGCGCAUACGGAAGAGACGAUUUCGUCGAGUUCGGCGUAGGGUACUUCAAGGAUGAUACGUUUUACGUGAGUCCCGUUUCGGGGACUUUUGAAAUGCAUCGUUCACUUUCUCAUCUAAAUAAUGCCAGUAAAGGACGUGAUAAUGAAGGCGAAGACGGUGAGUCAGACGGGGAGAAUCCGGGUGGCAGUGGGCAGCAGGUAAUUUUUCCUGUUGAGGCAAUUCGCUCGUCAAUAGAAUUUUUGGCUUGCGUCCUUUCGCUCUGGUUAUCUGCUCGGUUUGAGCAAGUAUCGUUUCAGAUACGUGUAAAAUUCUCUCGUCCCGAAACUGAGAGGCAGAAAAAACGCCGAGAGGCCAGUGCGUUACAUAGAGAAAAACUGAUAGCGAGCGAC